AUGAAGCCGUCUAGCAUUCUUUCCAUCUGCGGGCGCAUCAGCUUCGACGGCUAUAAGGUAUAUCGAAUAGACACGAAUAAUGACAUAGCGAGCCUGGAGUCGGCACUUGAGGCACUGCCCAUCGUCCAACUCGCUCGGGAUCAUGGCCGCGGUGAACAUUCGGCCCUCGAUAUCGCGGUCCCCCCCGAGCACCGUGCGGCCAUCGAGUCGCUCAAUCUUACCAUGACCGUCCUCAGCGAGGAUCUGGCCGGCGAUAUUGCGGCUGAGGGGUUACCGGGCGACUACCCGGUGCUCGACGGAAACGGCAUACCUGCGAUAUCUUGGUUUGACUCCUAUCACGCCUACGAAGACCACGUCCGCUAUUGGGCCGAUCUCCAGGCUGCCUUCGCUAACAACUCCGAGUUGAUCCAAGUGGGAUUCUCGUUCGAGGGGCGGCCCAUCCAGGGCAUCCAUCUUUGGGGCAAGAGCGGCAAGAAUUCCAAGCCCGCCAUAUUCUUCAACGGGAACGUGCACGCGCGAGAAUGGAUAACUUCAAAGGUAGUCGAAUACCUGCUAUAUCAGAUAAUCACGGGGUACCCGACCGAGACGGCCGUUCGGGAGGUAUUGGACGGUUACGACUUUUACGUCUUACCGGUCGUAAACCCAGACGGUUUUGUGUACUCGCAGACGGAAAAUCGCCUCUGGAGAAAGAAUCGGCAACGGAGACAGAAUACGACGGCAAUCGGGACAGACAUAAACCGGAACUGGUCCGUGGGGUUCGGGGGCGAUGGAUCCUCCUCCAACCCCGGCUCAGAGACCUUCAGGGGCUAUCAGCCGGGCGACACUCCGGAGUGUGCCGCCCUGAUGGACUUUGCCCAAGCACUAUCUGCAGACAAGGGCAUAAAGCUAUAUAUCGACUGGCAUAGUUACGCGCAGGUCAUCUUGCUCUCCUAUGGCUAUACGUGCGACGCGUUCCCGCCAAACAUCGAUAGGCAGAUAGGCCUGGCGGCGGGGACAGCUGCUAGGAUUGCGCAGCCGUACAAUACGACGUUUGACUACGGUCCAGGCUGCCUGGUCCUCUACCAGUCUAGCGGUAAUGGCAGAGACUACAUGACGGACGCUGCCGGAACCGAAUUCGCAUGGGGCGUUGAGCUCAGGUCUACCUCUUACGGCUUCGUCCUUCCCGCUGACCAGAUCUUACCCAGCAGCAUAGAGGUCUGGGAAGGGAUGCUAUAUCUAUGGGCUAACUUAUAAGUAUAUUAGCACAAACAGGCCGUCCAUCUCCGCGAUUCACCGCUUCUCCGGCCGGCGCGGUUACUGACAGGAAUUCGAGCAACGAGCUCGCAGAGUGCAAGCUUCGCCUACCUAAUAUAUAGCAUCCUUUCUUGCUCAUCUCCUCUAAUCUCGGUGUAUUUAUCGACAGGGGUUCCACCGAUUACGUAUAUACCUAGUAAUAUAUUA